AUGUGGCUGGUGCUUGCACUAUCUUUCCUGUGCCACAGCAGCCGGGCCUCUGUGACUACCUUGAGGAUAAGAGAUGAUGAGCAGACGCUGUGCACAGGAGUGGGACGCCCGGACCAAGAGUGCCUGACCGUGAAGGACUUCACCCAAGAGGAGUUGCUGGCUGUCCUCGAGCCGCUCUUGGCUCGGAUGCCGGCCGAGUCCGCUAGGCACUAUUAUUGGAGUUCCAUCCUUUGCAGCCUCGUGGUGACCUUCACCACGUGGGCUUUUCUGCUCUCCUGCUUCCGGAGCUGUUGCCGACAGAAGACCGGGAGGAAGACCAGACAGACCUGCAGUUUGCUACGGCGCUGGGCGGGUGACCUGUGCGAUGUCUUUUUCACCUUUCCAUUGAUGGGUGCCAAAAUGAUCUUUGGAAAAAUCAUCGUGGCGCCGAUCACCGCCGCACGGCUGGCGAUGCAGGACAUCCAAACCGAGCAGACCCUGCGGCUCCAGCAGCAGCUCUUGGCUGAGGGCCAAGAAGCAAGUUCACCGCCGCAGCGAGCGAAGCGAGAGCGGGCCAGUGUGCUUCGGGGGAAGCGCCCGCCCGACAGUCGCCGCGCCAAGGAGAAGCCCAAGGAGCCCAGCGCAAAGAAAGUACCAAGGCCGGAGACCGCCGUGAGCGCCCACGAUCCCUCCGAAGUGCUCGACGAGGAGCUUUCGGAGGAUUGGUGCCAAGUGUACCGGCAUAGUGAAGCCCGAAGAAAUGCCGCAGCUCUCCGAGAAGAGAAAAGGGACAAAGCAGAGCCCACGCCGCCGGCUGCGCCGGUUGCUGUGCCGGUUGCUGCGGCCAGUGUGAGAUCGAAGGCGGCUCCAAAGGUCCAAGCGCGACCGACACAGAGGCCGCCCACUGCUAAGCCAGCAGGUCCGCCGCGUCCGUGUGACGCCCGCGUUUGCUGA